AUGGCAGUGGGGUUGCAAGUGACGAACAUCGAACAAUUGACAUCUCGAAGCGUGGAUGAGAAGACGAUGGUUGAAUGUGGUGGCCACAUCAAGCAGUGCGGAAUAAUGGAAGAGGUCAAGAUUAUUCGUUCCCCUAUAAGCACCAGUUACGUUACACAAAACGUUACCACUACGACUGAGCGUGUUCUCCCAACACAAACGAUUGUCAUCAAAUCAGUCAAGGUCGUGACUGUCAACAACCAAACUCAAGGACAUUGCCGAAGUACCACGACCAUCCCUGACCUGAAACCCGCCAUAAUCACUGUGAACGUCACAGUCGAGCAUGUCAGAGAGAUUGUGCCUAUCACGAACGUCACGGUCAUAGAAACCAGUGUUGUCACAGCCACGUCGAUCGAACAAUGCUUCAUCAACAAUCCAGAAACAUCAUAUCCUCGUUUGGUAUCAUCUUCACAGAUUCCGCCCCCUGCGGCGUUCUCAAGCCAAGAGCCACCCGUAGCAUCGGCCAGUGGGGAUGCGUUAUUAGAUGGCCAGGGAGAAACUGAGGAGAUAAGACAUGAGCGUAUCUAUCAGCAAGUUGAGGAAGAUAUCUCGCUCGAGAAUCCCGAGUUCAUUUUCCAAGGUGAUUAG